UAUUAUUACAGAGCAUUCUUCUGCUGUGUCCUGGACACACACACACACACACACACACACGAUGUAGGAUUGCUUUUCUCUCUGAGCAAAGUGAGUUUAUCAUUUCACUCUCGUCCUCGCGCUGGGUGGGAUUUUGGAGCGCCCGAGGUCUGACAGAUGUAGUGCGCAUGCGCCGAAGGCCCUUUCAGUACCUGCCAGUGCGCUCAUUAUUUCACAUGUUGCAACUCUCGGCUGACAAUCACUCGAUUUAAGUUAUCAGCGGCGGUGGCUUCACCAUGGUGAAGAGGAAAACAAAAAGCGAGCACAGCUGAGGAGGAAGACUUGUUUAUCUCUUCGACUUCAUCUGACACUUUUUUCAGGAUAUACUAACAACAAUGCAUCUGAGAACAUUGCUUUCGUGAAAGUUAAAGCCGCUUUGGACUUGUUUUUUUUUCUGCAGAAUGAAGAAGUAAAGCUCUUUGAUACAUAGCGCGAUUUUAGAUAAAGUAAUCUACUCCUGCCUGUGGAUUUUUACCUGACCAGGUGCGAUCAUGUCCAAGCCCAUGGAUCACGUUAAGCGUCCCAUGAACGCGUUCAUGGUGUGGUCCCGAGCGCAGCGGCGGAAAAUGGCUCAAGAGAACCCGAAAAUGCACAAUUCCGAGAUCAGCAAGCGACUCGGAGCGGAGUGGAAACUUCUGACGGAGUCCGAGAAGAGGCCGUUCAUUGACGAGGCGAAGCGACUGCGGGCGAUGCACAUGAAGGAACACCCUGACUACAAAUACAGACCCAGGCGAAAGCCCAAGACUUUAAUGAAGAAGGACAAGUUCGCCUUCCCGAUGGCGUAUAAUCUGGGAGAGCACGAGGCGCUGAAAGUGGGCGGCUUGCCGAGCGGAGCUCUCUCCGAGUCUCUGAUGAGCAACCCGGACAAGGCAGCGGCGGCGGCGGCGGCAGCGGCGGCCCGGGUGUUCUUCAACCCGUCCAUGUCCGCGAACCCCUAUUCGUUUUUUGACCUUGGCUCAAAAAUGACCGAACUUUCCCCACCAUCGUUCCCCUACGCCUCACCGCUGGGUUACCCGACAGCGGCGACGGCUUUCUCCGGAGCGGGCUCUGUCGGCACCGGGGCACAUGCCCACACGCACUCGCACCCAUCGCCGGGUAACCCGGGCUACAUGAUCCCGUGUAACUGCGCGGCGUGGCCGUCUGCGGGGCUUCAGCCCCCUCUUGCCUACAUUUUACUACCUGGAAUGGGAAAACCACCACUUGAACCGUAUCCCGCGUACGCAGCGGCGUUAUGAGACUCUGGACUAUAGUGAGGAAAAAGUUUUUAAAUGUGAAACACAUGCAAUGCACGAACCUGAACAUGUGAUCGUCAUAUCAGAUAUCACGUGUGUUUGUAUCAUGAUUAACGCCUUGAUGUAAGGUAACUCUCUGACAUUCUGCUCGGCGUGGAAGUGAAUGAUGGGUCGGUUUGCCCUUAUCAAUGUGAAUAAAUGUGCGAAAAUAAGGACUAACCUGUUGACUCUGUAACUGAGAAGAUCGCUCAAUGCUGUUAACGUGGUUGCAUAGCUAUAUUGGAGGGGGGAAAGUACAUUGUUUAAUUCUGAAACUCAACCUCAAUGAAUCCCGUUUGUUGCUGUAAAUGUGUACAGUUUUAUUAAACCACAUCUAGUUAGUGCUCGAAACGCCGGAGCUCUUGGACUAGAAAUCAGGUGUAUAUUUUGAGUUUCAAAUCGAUGUGUGUAAUAUUUAUUGUUCAGUCAGUGAAAACCCUAUUUGUUGGACACGCCGUGUUCCUUUGAUAUUUGCACAACGGGAGACCAUGAGCACUUAUAAGUGUAAUUUAAUGAAAAGAAACACAUGAAAUAAUAAUAAUAAUAAUAAUAAUAACAUGCCCGACUUUAUGAGAUUUCAAGGGUUCUGGUCCUACAUCACAGAUUGUCUGAUGCGUUCACGUAAAGAAGUCAGUCCGUUUUUUUACUAACUCGAAGUGAAAUUGUAUGUUAUAUAUGUUUUGCAUAAUUAUAUGUACUUAUCGUUCAUUUAUUGAACAAGGGGGAUAUAAUAAAGCGUAUGCGGAAAAAAAGGAAAUUGCUCUGUAGUUCUUGAACAAGAUUUGUAUCUCGGAUGCCUUUACUUGGUCGGAGCAGGUGAAGUGUAAAGUAUCCUCUAAAGGACGCUUUUGUUCAGGCUUUGAAUAGAAUUACUCAGAAUUCUAAAGCAAGUCUUUGUAAUCAAGAGCCAAAAUCCCGAUUUAUCACAACUCAAAUCAUGAAUAGGAAGGAAGAUAAAGCUGAGGAGUUUCGCUACUUUUUAAAGCCCCACAAGCAGAAAAACGAAACCGUUCAGGCCUCCAGUUCUUGGGAUCUUUUAGUCAAUGCCCACAUAAAUAAACACAUUUUAUAUAGCCUACUUGUUUUUCAUUAAUUCUGACACGUAUUUAAAAAAGACGUGUAUAGGCUAAUUCACAAUAUGCUCCGCGUCGGGUCGUUCUUAAUGUAAACUGCCCUCUUAGAUUACAUUAAGAAGUUAAUUCAUACGGCUCAGACCAAUUAUGCAAAACUAAUUUGGACUGUCCAGGGAUAAUUACCUCCGCCACGGUUAAUUGAAUCUUUUGACUGGCCUGUAUUCUCUAUUGUAAAGGCGCGAUCGCUGCUCUCCACGGAACUUCCGGCUCCGCUUUGGACAAGUGACCUUGUUUCACUUGUUAUGAACCAGACAAAUCAACAAAUCACGGACACAUGUAUAUAUGCACACUGAUUUGAGGGGCAACUAGUCAAGAAUGAGCGUUUAUUAAUUUCAGAGCAGCUUCCUGAUUGACAUUUUAUUGUUUACGACAGCGAUUAUUAAUAUUAUUGCAUGCUUUUACCAAACUACUGAUUUGUCUGAAAGAUUUGCAUUUCAAUGCAACUUUCAAAGUAGAUAUUUCAGAGCAACAAAUCAUUUAUCAUUAAUUCUAAAAAAAAAUACUGGGUUAAAAACAACCCAAGUUGGGUUGAAAAUGGACAAACCCAGCGGUUGGGUUAAAUG